UCAUUGAGCAUCAUGUCUGGCAGAGGAAAAGGAGGCAAAGGUCUGGGCAAAGGUGGAGCCAAGCGGCACCGUAAAGUGCUCCGUGAUAACAUCUCGGGCAUCACCAAACCAGCCAUCCGGCGUGGCGGCGUCAAGCGCAUCUCGGGGCUGAUCUACGAGGAGACCCGAGGGGUGCUGAAGGUUUUUCUGGAGAAUGUGAUCAGGGACGCGGUAACCUACACCGAGCACGCCAAGCGCAUGACGGUGACUGCCAUGGAUGUGGUGUACGCUCUGAAACGCCAGGGCCGCACUCUCUAUGGCUUCGGCGGCUGAAGAACUCUGCCCUUUCUCCCCAACACAACACAAAAGGCUCUUCUCAGAGCCACCCACCGCCUCACAGAGGGAGCAGUGACCCGGCAGCAUGAGUCGAUGGAAACUUUAAUUAUUUCAUUUUGGUUAAUGCAUUUGUUGAUAUAUUGGGGGUUCAAUGUAGAGUUCACGGUAGAUUCCUGUGAUCAUUUUAAAUGCACCUUCGGCUUUGUUCUCACAAAGCCCUUUGUGAAUGCAAUAAAAUUAAUAUUUGUCCCAAUCCUGUUCUCUGUCUCCCGCAGAACUGAAUUCCGACAGCUCGGGAAGCGAUUGAGCAAGUGUGCUGCAUACGUUCAGAUUCAGCUCA